AUUCAGCUGGCAUUGUUUGGUCUGCCAUGAUUUUAAGGGGGAAAAAACAAAAAAACAUUUUUCAUUUGGACCUGCAAUCAGCUGGGUUAAAAGAACGAAAUUUUAUCUAGGGCAUUUUUCAAUGUGAUUGCACAGAGUUUGAGUUAGACGCCCCAUCUUACCACAUUCUGCAGUCUUAUGUACAGAAGUUUGGAUGUUUUAAACUGUAUUCCCAAUAGAAGUCUGCUUCUUCUGUAGUGUUAUGUUACACCCCUUCUCACCCAAUCACAGCGCUCCCCAAAAUCCUCCUGCCCGCUAUAAGAACUCGGGUCGUCCCAGUCUGGCAGAUACCUCUCCAUCUCCGUGGCGCACCAGAUUUCGUAAUCCAAGUCCACACCCCAGUUCGAGCUGUACUCUUUAGUAACUGUUGUGUUUGUUGAUGUUGUGACCACUUCAGUGGAUUUGGGUCAGGGGUUACAACGGUCCGUCAGGCCAGGAAAAGGUUUUUCCAAAAGAGGAUGCGAGAAAACGACUCCUCCCCGAUGGACAGCGCUGGCAACAGUGAGGAGGAGACCGAGCGUCAGCUGCCGCGUAGAGGCGCGAGGAAAAGACGGACAGCUCGGAGGAGCAUCGAUGAAGAGGAAGAAGGAGACUUGGUGAGUCCGAGCCCGGGGAAGAAGACAUGCAGGAAAAGUUGCGACGAAGGAGGUGGCAGCACUGGCAGCGAGGCCAGCAGCAGCCCCGCGCGCUCCUUCGACGAUCUGCAGACGCAGCGCGUCAUGGCCAACAUCCGCGAGAGGCAACGGACGCAGUCCCUCAACGAAGCAUUCACGUCGUUACGUAAGAUCAUUCCCACCCUUCCGUCGGACAAACUCAGCAAGAUCCAGACGCUGAAGCUGGCAGCUCGGUAUAUCGACUUCUUAUGUCAAGUUCUACAAAGCGACGAGCUGGACGCGCGAGGGACCAGCUGCAGCUACGUGGCGCACGAGCGCCUCAGCUACGCGUUCUCUGUUUGGAGGAUGGGGGGUGCGUGGUCCUUGUCUACUACGUCCCACUAACUGGAACCGGAGUGAUUGUGAUGGGCCAGGAAGAUUCCCCAGACUGAAGACCAGUGGAUCAGGCCAAAGACAGAUGGGGCCCAGGCUCAGUCACUGUGUGCAAGAAGCCUUUCCAUAUUUCCCUUUUGCAAGGACUGUAAGGUUAGCAAGGGAGCACUUAGAACGGACAAGACGGAUAUGAAGAAAAAGAGACCACUGCGACUAUGAAUGUUGUAAAAACAAAUCAAACUCUGACAAACUGCUCUGUUUUUAAACAUGAGAGGGAAAUGACAAUCCACUCCAAAUUCUCUGUGACAGUGUUUCACAGAAAAAAGAAGUAUUUUAUAUUUAUUUUUCUACACAGGUAUGAAAUUCCUUUCCCCCUGUAUCAAAUAAAAUUUAUUUAUUUUGGGGGUAAAAAAAAACUACAGAUUGCUGAAUGGAUCUAGACUGAGCAUGUUCUGUGUUGUACAUAUUUGGUAACAUGUUGAAUAAAAAAUGAAGGUAU